AUGGGUGCGGGGAGCUCCACGGAGCAGCGGAGCCCGGAGCAGCCGGAGGCGGGGAGCGGGACGCCGGCCGAGCCUGAGCCCAGCGGCAGCAGCCCCGCGGCGGCGGCGGAGCCGGGAGCUCCGGCGGACUCGGCCAUCGCGGCCGCGGACCCUGCCACCAAGCUCCUACAGAAGAAUGGUCAGCUGUCCACCGUCAAUGGCUUAGCUGAGCAAGAAGGGCUCAACCUCCAGGAGGGGGCGCUGAAGGGCCAGGAGGAAGAAUUAGCAGGAAGAGGAGAGAUGUUCAGUCAAGACUUGCAUGAUGUUGCUUCCACUGAGGUUGGACAGAGAAACUCUGAAGAUGUGAAUGAAAGGGACUCAGAUACAGAGAUGGCUGCCAACUCGGAGGUCGUUCAAGACAUCGCAAAGGAUGGGCAGGAGGAAAUGCCCGAAAUAAUUGAGCAAAUCCCUUCUUCAGAAAGCAAUUUAGAAGAGCUAACCCAGCCUGCUGAGUCCCAGACUAAUGAUGUUGGAUUUAAGAAGGUGUUUAAGUUUGUUGGCUUUAAAUUCACUGUGAAGAAAGAUAAGAGCGAGAAGUCUGACACUGUCCAGCUACUCACUGUCAGAAAAGAGGAAGGUGAAGGAGCAGGAGAAUCAGAUGGGGCUGGUGACCACCAAGAGCCCAGCCGGGAGACUGGAGAAGCAACACCCAAAGAAAGUGAACUGAAACAGUCUACGGAGAAACCCGAGGAAACUCUGAAACACGAGCAGAGUGACACAGAAAUUUCCCUUCAAGCCGAGUCUGGUCCAGCAGCAGAGGAAGGCAAAGAUGGAGAAGAAAAACAAGAAAAGGAACCAGCCAAGUCCCCAGACUCGCCAACUAGUCCAGUGGCUAGUGAAACAGCAUCACCCUUCAAAAAGUUCUUCACUCAAGGUUGGGCUGGCUGGCGCAAAAAGACCAGUUUCAGGAAGCCGAAGGAGGAUGAACUGGAAGCUUCGGAGAAGAAAAAGGAACAGGAGCCAGAGAGAGUGGACACAGAAGAAAAGGAGAAGACAGACGAUGCCGCCGAGAAGCUGGCUUCAGAACAAGCACAGCCACAGGAGACCACGGAGAGCAUUAAUGCAGCCAGAUUAUCGGCCGAAUAUGAAAAGGUGGAGCUGCCCGCUGAAGGUCAGCAGGCGUCUCCUGAAGACAGACCCGCCCCUCUGGCCACGGAGGUGUUUGAUGAGAAAGUGGAGAUCGUCGCAGAGGUCCACGUGAGCACGGCAGAGAGGGAAACGGAGGAGCAGGCAGCCGGGGCGCAGGGAACAGACGAGUCCUUGCCCGCUGACACCAGUGCGGAGCGUCAGGAGGCUGAACCUCCAGAAGAGCCCGGGAAGCCCCCGGCCGGGGCUGCCCCCGGAGGGGACCACAGCCAGCCUCCCGAACCCGGUCCUGCGGACACAGAGCUGCCUGCGCACCCUGAGGGCAUCGUGAGCGAGGCGGAAAUGCUGGCCUCCCAGGAGAGAGUUAAGGUGCAGGGGAGCCCUUUAAAGAAACUUUUUACGAGCACUGGCUUAAAAAAGCUUUCUGGAAAGAAACAGAAGGUGAAAAGAGGGGGAGGAGAUGAAGAGUCGGGGGAAGCCCACGCAGUCCACGCGGACUCUCCAGACAGUGCAGAUGAACAGAAGGGCGAGAGCUCGGCGUCGUCCCCGGAGGAGCCCGAGGAGAUCACGUGUCUAGAGAAGGGGAUAGCGGACGCCCAUCAGGAUGGGGAUGUCGAAGAAGGAACUACUUCCGAUGGAGAGAAAAAGAGAGAAGGUGUGACUCCUUGGGCAUCUUUCAAAAAGAUGGUGACGCCCAAGAAACGUGUUAGGAGGCUCUCGGAAAGUGACAAAGAAGACGAGCUGGAUAAGGUGAAGAGCGCCACGCUGUCGUCCACGGAGAGUGCCGCCUCGGAGGUGCAAGAGGACGGGAGAGGACCCGGGGAAGAGCCGAAGCCGGAAGAACCGAAGCGCAAGGUGGACACCUCGGUGUCCUGGGAGGCUUUAAUUUGUGUGGGGUCAUCCAAGAAAAGAGCAAGAAAGGCAUCCUCUUCCGAUGAGGAGGGGGGACCAAAACCGACGGCAGGAGAAACCCAAAAGCCUGAUGAAGCGGGAAAGGACAGAGGAGCUGGACCAGACGCUGUCCCUGCUGGCUCCCAGGAGCAAGACCAAGGGCAGGGAAGCUCCUCACCUGAGCAGGUGGGAAGCCCCUCGGAAGGGGAAGGCUUUUCCACCUGGGAGUCAUUUAAAAGAUUAGUCACCGCAAGGAAAAAAUCGAAGUCAAAACUGGAAGAGAAAAACGAGGACUCCGUAGCGGGGGCCGGUGUAGAACAUUCAGCAGCAGAGGUUGAACCCGGGAAAGAAGAGUCUUGGGUUUCAAUUAAGAAAUUUAUUCCUGGACGAAGGAAGAAGAGGUCAGAUGGGAAACAAGAUGCGGCCACCAUUGAAGACACAGGGCCGACUGAAGUCCACGAGGAUGAUCCCGAUGUCCCGGCGGUGGUACCUCUGUCUGAGUACGACGCUGUGGAAAGGGAGAAGAUGGAAGCACAGGAAGCCCAGAAAAGUGAGGAGAAGCUUGAGCAAAGGGUGGCGGUGUCUGUGUCGGAGGCAGUCAGUAAGAGCCUGGUUCAUACGGUGACCGUGGCUGUCAUUGAUGGGGCGAGGGCCGUGACCAGUAUCGAAGAGCGGUCGCCUUCUUGGAUCUCCGCGUCUGCGACGGCACCUCUCGAGCAAGCAGAAGAGGAAGCCGAACCACCAGCUGGAGAGGUCUCGGAGAGAGAGGCCAGUGCAGAGGAAACCCUCGUGGUUCCCAAAACUCUGCCUGAGAGCCGGGAUGCUGGUGACGACACGAUCACCAGUGAGGUGGAAUUAACUUCCGAAGCCGUGACAGCUGCAGAAACCACGGAGGCAUCCGGGGCUGAAGAGACCACCGACAUGGUUUCAGCUGUUUCCCAGUUAAGUGACUCUCCAGACACCACGGAGGAAGCAACGCCAGUGCAGGAGGUGGAGGGCGCUGUGCCAGCCCUGGAAGCCCAGGAGAGGCGAACGCAGGAGGUCCUGCAGGCGGUUGCAGAAAAAGUUAGAGGACAGUCCUGGCUGCCUGAUGCCAGAGGACUGGAGGACACCGUGCAGGCAGCGUGGAGAAUGCAGCCAAAACUGCCUGAGGUGGUGGAGGAAGCAGAAGAGGGCUCCCCCAUGCCAGGGCUGGAGAAGGGGGUGGACAUGGUGUUGAAAGGACACACAGAAGAAACGAAACCCGAGACAUUGACACAAGGGAAGGUGACUGUACAGGCCACCCCAGAGCGCUUGGAAGAAGUUCCUCAAGUCACAGAGAGUGUAGAGUCCAGUGAGCUCAUAAGCACCUGUCGAGCCGAAACCUUGGUUGGGGUAAAAUCAGAAGUUAUACUGGAACAGGCUGUUGCCCCUGACUCGGCGGAAAGUCUCUCAGACAGUGAGACCGGUGGCAGCAUCCUGGCAGCAGAGUGUGACACUCUCCAUGUCACCCAGCAGGGCGCGGGCAUGGAAGUCCGUGCAGGUAAAGAGGUUGCGUCUGGCGCAGAGGCAGCUUCUGCACUGGAAGAGGUGCCCCCAGCACCGUCUGGGCACCAACCCCAGGAAGAGAGUCAAGACCGCUCCGAAACGGAAGAGGUUCGAGAACAUACGGAUGAAGAGGUGUCAGUGGAGACUGGACCCGUUCCCUCAAAGACUGGGGUGAGUCAAGAGGCUGGACGGUGUGCCGAGGAGGGAGCCAAAGACGCACCACUUGUCGACAGACUUGAAGUGUCUGCAGACACAGAAAUAACAGCCAGUCAGAAAAAGAUCAUUGAAGGUGCCCUGAAAGAUGAGGUUUCUGAAGAAGCUGAACUUCCAAAGAAGGAUGAUCCUGAACUCCAGAGCCCUCCUCCGGCUCCUCCAGCCCCCGCGGAGGGAGAGACGGUGGCGCAGGUGGAAAGGGAGGAAGUGGAGGCCCAGCCAGCCCAGGCCAGUAACGAGAAACACGAGCCUAAACCAGGUGACGUGCUCAGUAAGCAGCUGGUCCAGGCAGUUCACAUGACCGUCGUGCACGGGGAGAAGGAAGUGAUCGGACUUGAAGAAAGUGCUCCUUGGCUACUUCAAGAGGGAGCGGUCUGCACAGACCUUCAGCUUCCAAGCUCGGAGGCAUCGGUCCCGCUAACGGCCGCAGCAGUGGAGGAGAAGGUCUUGGGAGAAACUGCCAAGCUUGUAGAAACCGCGGGACCUCUGGAGUCUGCAGAUGUGCAUUUGGAACCGGGAGAAAAGCCCUCUGGAGAAGACGCGGUGCCCACAGGGACUGGGUCUCAGGCAGAAUCAGCGCCAGUAAUGGUAUCUGCUACCCCUGAAAAAGGCAUCGGUGCCGACCUGGAAGGGGAUACAACCACAUUGCAGAGAGGGCAGUCAGAAGACUACAAGCAGGUUAGCUGGCAGGAAGUCAGAGUGAGUGAGACGAGAGAGGAGGAUUUAAAGGCUGAAAAUGAGAUUUUGCAACUUAAGACUGAGAGCCGUAAACUUGUACAAAACGUAAUUCAGACAGCCGUUGACAAGUUAGUAAGUGCAGAAGAAACAGCCACUGAUUGCCAGCCACUGGCCCAGCUCAUAAAAGCUGACAAUCAGGAAGCUGAAUGGAAAAUUGAAAAAGAAGAAGGGGAACGUCAGGUCUCUGCAGAGGAUGAAACACAAACUACCACGGCCAAAGAACAGUCCGCACUGACCACUGGGGAACAAACGCGCUCAGAUGUUUCCAAAGACGUAGAUGCAGCUUCCGAAGAGAUCAUGACCGUUGAGGUCAAAGGCUCCAGUGUAAAUGACCAGCAGCCUGAAGAAGGAAUUCUCCCAAACCAGGAAAAGAGAGAAGCAACUGGAACAAAGUCUGUGCUGGAAGGUGGUGAUGGUGCUGGGUUAGGAGAAAGAACAGAGAAGCCUCUGUCUGAACCCCAAGAAGAUGAAAACGGUGAUGCUGUCGAUUGCCCUGAGAACCAGACCUCAGCCCUGGAAGAUGCUGAGGCCUCGGGAGGCUUAACCAAAGAGUCCCCAGAUGCAAAUGGACCAAAACUAAAAGAGAAGGAAGUGGAAUUUCAGGAAGGAAAAGGGCAGAGUGAGUCAGAAAAAGAGAUCAAAACAAAAACAGAGGAGACACAGGAACAAGAAAGACAGCCAGCAACACCAGAACUUGCGGAAUCCUAAAAAGUCAUUUACACGCGUGUAUUUGCAAGACCAGAAUGUGAAGACAAGUGGUGGAAGACAAUGAACGCUACUGAAGAGACUCAAGACCAGUGUUUCAGAACUUUGAGAUCUGAACAACAGACCCAUCAACCGAUCUCAUUUCUAGAGAACCCCGACAAUCCUGAGGCUUCCUCGGGAGCUAGAACAGUUCACAUUUCCUCUUUCCAGGAUCACCUGUCAGUUCCCCUUGAAACCAUGUCACGUUUCUCAUUUAAGGUCCUGAAUUCUUAACCUGGAACUGGAGUUGGCAAUACCUAAUUCCACUCCACAAACUGGAGUUAUCAUUAUGUAUUUAUGUGUGUGUUUUAAGUAAUCCUCCUGUCUCUAUUGUAUAUUUUUUCUUACUGUUUAAGGAAAUGUGUGGUAUAGUACAUUUCUGCUGUAUCACAGUCUGUGACGGGGCCUCGGCCAUGGUGAAGUCUUGGAAGCUGUGAAAACAGCUCCCUAGAAAUAACAUUCCUGAUCAGAAGCUACAGUUCUUACUUUAAAAUCCACUAAGGAUUAGGUCUGUGUUUAGUAUUACUCUGACAUUGAAAGUGGUCACUUUCUUAUUAUGCACAAUGUGCUAAAAAUACAACCUUUUUUUUUUGAAACAUACAGAAUGUUCCAUUGUUACUGUGAAAUUUUUCUUUGUAGCCCAAUGGAGGCUGGAAUUUUUUUUUUUU